GAGAGAGUCCCGGUGCCGAUUGGCCGCACGAUAAAAGGGGAGCGCGAGCGGAUAGGCCGCGGCGGCCUCACGUGACCUAGGCGGGGCCGGGCGUAUUGUGGUGGAGGGGCUCGAGCUUGUCAGGGUUCACCCUCGAGUCUGUUUGUAUCCACCUUCUGGCUUAGAAGCAAGUGGGCUAGACUAAAUGUUCCUUGACCUGUCUCCAUAAAUAUGCAAGAAGGAAUAAUCCUCUCAUUUCACCUUGAUCAAGGUUUAGCAUUGAAAGUGCAGAGGAAUUGGAAGAGCUGAGAGUAAGAGCAAGAUGUGCUGACCAGAAGAAUCUUUUCUUAGUGGCCCUUGGUAAAACUAGUGCCUUAUAAAAGAUGGGGUUUGGAAGUGACCUGAAAUGUUCCCAUGAAGCUUUGCUAAGACUACAAGAUUGGGAGUUACGUCUACUGGAAACGGUGAAGAAGUUUAUGGCCAUGAGAAUAAAAAGUGACAAGGAAUAUGCAUCUACUUUACAGAAUCUUUGCAACCAGGUUGAUAAAGAAAGUACUUCACAAUUGGAUUAUAUUAGUAAUGUAUCUAAGUCAUGGUUAAUUAUAGUGCAGCAAACAGAACAGCUUAGCAGGGUCAUGAAGACGCAUGCAGAAGACUUGAAUGCUGGUCCAUUACAUAGGCUUACAAUGAUGAUAAAAGACAAGCAACAAAUUAAGAAGAGUUACAUUGGUGGCCAUCAGCAAAUUGAGGCAGAGAUGUUCAAGGUUACAAAAACAGAACUGGAGAAAUUAAAGUGUAGUUAUAGACAGUUAAUUAAAGAAGUCAAUUCUGCCAAAGAGAAGUAUAAAGAAGCCCUUUCAAAAGGAAAGGAAACUGAAAAAGCCAAAGAUCGUUAUGAUAAAGCCACUAUGAAGCUUCACAUGUUGCACAAUCAGUAUGUCUUGGCACUGAAAGGAGCACAGCUACAUCAGCAUCAGCACUAUGAUGCCACACUUCCUCUGUUUCUUGAUUCUCUACAGAAGAUGCAAGAAGAAAUGAUUAAAGCACUAAAAGGAAUCCUUGAAGAAUAUAGUCAGAUCACCAGUCUUGUAACAGAAGAAAUAGUGAAUGUUCAUAAAGAGAUCCAGACAUCAGUUGAGCAAUUAGAUCCUAGUUCAGAGUACAGUAGUUUCAUAGAGGUUUAUAGGACACCAGAUGUUGAACAACAAGAGAUAGAGUUUGAUACAUCUUUAUUGGAAGAAAAUGAAAAUCUUCAGGCUAAUGAGAUUAUGUGGAAUAAUUUGACAGCUGAAAGUUUGCAAGCUAUGUUGAAAACAGUAGUAGAAGACUUGAUACAGACACAGCAGACACUUUUGAAUAAGGAGGAGUUAGUUUUGGAACUGGAAAAGAAGAUAGAAGAAUCUUCUAAGAUAUGUGAAAGGAAAUCUGAUGUUGUGCUUCUCCUAAGCCAGAAGCAGGCGUUAGAAGAACUGAAGCAAACUGUUCAGCAACUGAGGUGCACUGAAGUUAAGUUUGCCGCACAGAAAGAACUCCUACAGCAAAAAGUACAAGAAAAUGAUGGGAAGGAGCCCCCACCUGUUGUACAUUAUGAGGAAGAUGCCAGAUCAGUCUCUUCUAUGGAUAAGAAAGAAAAGGUUUCUAGGUUUGAUACCAUUCGGCACUCCAUUGCUGGUAUGAUAAGAUCUCCAAAGUCUAUGUUGGGCUCUUCAUCGAAUAAAAUUCCAAACCAUUUUUUAAUGGGGAAGAAAUCAUCCUGCCAGUUCUUUGAUGUGAUAUCAACCACUGAAAAGCCCUUGGCAGAUCAAGAUUGGUAUCAUGGUGCAAUUCCAAGAGUAGAAGCUCAAGAGCUAUUAAAACAGCAAGGAGACUUUUUGGUGCGAGAGAGUCAUGGGAAGCCUGGUGAAUAUGUCCUGUCUGUGUUUUCAGAUGGACAAAGGAGACACUUCAUCAUACAGUAUGCUGAUAAUCAAUAUCGAUUUGAAGGAACAGGCUUUUCAACUAUCCCUCAACUUAUAGAACACCAUUACACAACAAAGCAAGUGAUUACAAAGAAAUCAGGUGUUGUUCUCCUGAAUCCUGUUGUCAAGGAUAAGAAAUGGAUUCUCAGUCAUGAAGAUGUUACACUGGGAGAAUUACUGGGCAAAGGUAAUUUUGGUGAAGUGUACAAGGGAACAUUAAAAGAUAAAACCCCUGUCGCUGUAAAAACAUGUAAAGAAGACCUUCCUCAGGAACUGAAAAUAAAAUUUUUAUCAGAGGCCAGAAUACUCAAACAAUAUGACCAUCCAAACAUUGUAAAGCUCAUAGGAGUGUGUACUCAAAGGCAGCCAAUUUAUAUUGUGAUGGAACUUGUUCCAGGAGGUGAUUUCCUCUCCUUUCUAAGAAAGAAGAAGGAUGAACUAAAAACCAAACAGUUAGUUAAAUUCGCAUUAGAUGUUGCUGCUGGGAUGGCAUAUCUUGAAUCGAAAAAUUGUAUACACAGGGACCUUGCUGCAAGGAACUGUUUAGUAGGGGAGAACAAUGUUCUGAAAAUUAGUGACUUUGGAAUGUCUCGUCAAGAAGAUGAUGGAGUAUAUUCCUCUUCAGGAUUAAAGCAAAUUCCUAUCAAAUGGACUGCUCCAGAAGCUUUGAACUAUGGUCGAUACACUUCUGAAAGUGAUGUAUGGAGUUAUGGAAUCUUCCUCUGGGAGACCUUCAGUUUAGGUGUAUGUCCAUACCCAGGAAUGACUAAUCAGCAAGCAAGGGAACAAGUGGAGAAAGGCUAUCGAAUGUCAGCGCCUCAGAAGUGCCCGGAGGAAAUCUAUAAAAUAAUGCAAAGGUGUUGGGAUUACAAUCCUGAAAUGAGACCAAAAUUCAGCGAGAUUCAAAAAGAGCUCUCUACAUUGAAAAAGAAAGUGACAUCAUGAGAAAGUAAUAGGACUCAAACUGCAGGACUCUUCUCCUUUUCGGAAAAGUAAUAUUUUAUGUCAUGAACACUCUGUAUUUCUACUGCAACUCUUUCAAUAUUCUUCUAAGAUUUUUUUUUUUUUUUAGAAAAACAAAAAAACUAAACCCUGUUUAAAUGUAUCCAGGCUGGAAAAUGUCAAAGAUACCUAUGUUAAAGAGAGAGUGCUUUACCAAAUGCUUUAUUUCCAAUCACAGUGAUGCUUCAUUUAGGUUCCAUAUAUAGUCAUUGAUAUAUGAGAAAAUCUAAGGAAAUCUCACUGCUUUCUGCUUCUGUGAUAAAAUCUUGACGAUGUUUUAGGGCCAGUUUUUUCUGCUUCUGAUUGCAGGUUCUCCCAGCAAUCAUACUGAAAAGCUUGGCCAACUUGUGUACCAUUCCUAUUGAGCUUAAAACAGAAGGCAAAGUUUUAAGAAUUAUCUUGAUUUAAAAUAUUAUAAAACAUAAUGCUCUGGGGGUGAAACCUAUUAGAAUCUUGACUACGCAUGUAUUCUUGCUCUUUUAAAAGUGACACAAUUUAAAGUAUAACUUUAGAAUGGGGAAUGCAUGCACUAGUUUCUUGCUGACAUUUCAAGACAGUAAACACUUCUGAUAGUACACAUUAUUUAUUUCUACUCUUAAAGCAAGAGAAAGAAGCACAAUUCUCCAGCAAUCAACAUGCACAAAGCUAUGUGUGCUCUAACUUUUUACUGCAGGGAAAAUGAUAAAUCCAAAGCUGAAUCCAGGGUUGGAUUAAGCAUUCAGCAAAAUAAGAACAAUAACAACAAUAAUAAUUUGUGCCCUGGUUUCCACAUGUAAACAAAACUCUGUGAAGGGUUGGAGGGGGAAAAGAGACAGGCUGGGUGGAUUUGUGGUCACGUGAGGAGUAGCAGCAAAUAAAAAUUAAGUUCAGAGGCGGGAGGAGCAGUCCACAGAAGUUCAUUUUUAAAAAAAUAAGGAUCUUUUACUACUACCAUGUUGUGCAGGCCUGAUCUAACAUAAUCAUGACUAUGUGAAUAAAUCUUAUUCUUUAAAAAGUGACAUAAUAUAAACGUUUAAGAAUGAGGAAUGUGUGCACUAGUUUCUUGCUGACAGUUCAAGAAAGUAAACACUUCUGAUAAUAGACAUUGUUUAUUUCCAUUUUUAAAUCAAGAAGAAAAUACUAUUCUCCAGCAAUUGAUAUGCACAAAUCUAUGUGUGGUCUAACUUUUAUACGUAGGGACAGGGAAAAGAAUAAAUUCAAAGCUGAUACCUAACUUGUGAAAUAGCUGUCAGGAAAUACUCCAGAUUCAUCUGUCUUUCAGAAAGAACAACUAUGGCAGUAUACAGUUAUUUUUGAAUGUGCACAUUUGGGAAUGCUGUCAUCACAAAACAAACUUGUCUGAAAAUAAGAGUGGCACAUAAUGAAGGUAACCAGUAGCAUUGAUUUUGGAUAAGAAAGAAGAAGUGAAUUACCUGAUUGGCCUUUGGAAGCUCUGUGAAUUGUUAUUUCUGUUCUGUAUGCUGCUGAAGAUAGGAAAAGAGAGGGGGAUGUAUUCUGUACACGUUUCCAAAGGGAGAAAGUAGUUUUCAGGAGCACAAAAAUGUCCCAACGUCUCUGUGUAUAUAACAAGGAAAAGCUAUAUUCCAUAAAUAAUAUCUUCGCACACUACAGAAGCUACACAUUUUUCACAUUCAAUAGGAAUCGGUUUCUCAAAUUGCAACCACAUUCUCCUAGCUUUAUUCAAUAGACAGUUCACAUACACAGAAUUACUAUGGGAUGUCAACAUAUAUGCCACCUCUGGGCAAAACACAACAAUUGGAUUGUUUCACGGUUCUAGUCAGUCAGAGCUCUUGGAUCUGUAGUUAAUCAGUUUUGUUGAAAUGAUUUCAUGGUUGUGCAUAAGAGACAGAAAAAUUGUCACAAUGUAUUAUCAACCUGAUCUCUUCUAGCCCAAUGGGAUGAAAUUCUGCCCAAUGAGGAGUCAAAUAGUGUUGUUUUGUACAGUAGCACCAAGGUUUUGGUGAAGACUUUGAUGUUAUUACAUGUUACAUGUUUAGCUGAUCCUCCAGACCAGAGCACAUUUGUUCUGCUGUGUGGUUUUGUGGUAGUAAAGUGGUGAUGUCAAGCAAGGUGUUUACUACUUGUAGUCUAAAGAGGUUGAUGUCAAUACGGUGAUGAUAAAAUUUAAUACUGGCAUAAAAUGGUGAAGCAUUAUAUCAGAUGGCAUUCUCCAGAUUAGAUGGAGUUACUAGGGGGCCAAGUGCUCAUGCACAAAGAAUGGGCUGUAGGUCAGAAUCUAGUGUAGAGGCAAAGGGAAGUGUAAUGUUACAUAUUUUACUCUGGAGUUUUCUUUAUUUCACAGUCGGCUAAUGCUGAUCUUAAACAUUUGUUCAUCACAAAUGGAGAACAUUACUUGUUUACUGUGAUCCUAAAGGGAUCCAAAUGAGUGUGCCUUAAUUCAUUGGCAUUCCUUAGUUCAAAAGCUCAAGAACUAAAUGCUCACACCACGUGGGAAGCACCACCAAUUUGCCCAGUCCUAGAUCUCCAUCUAUGCAUACACUAAUGUAUAAAUGUAAUGACAAGAAUGUAUUUUCUUUUAUUCACAGUGUUCUUAAUUUUUCUUUUAAGGGUUAAUAUUUUUAUAUAGGAGGGAAUAUACCAUUUCUUAAAAGUCUUUUGAAUGUACUAUUCUGUUUCUUAAUUUGAUUAAAGGGAUACCCUGUCCUGAUCUUUUUGUACAGAUGUAAAGGAUAACUGCUAUUUAUAUUUCAUUCAUGUAAGCAGUUCAGAUUUGCAAGUCAUGUAAGACUGCUGAUCAUAUUGAAAAAGCUUUUUCCAAACAUGGAAUACCAGUAGCAUUUAGUGUUUGUUUUGUUCGCCUUCUGUCCUAAAAUUCAGGAUCAGUCCAACUUCAGUUACUGUUUGAGACAUUGUCACAGUUGGUUUGCUCACAUGCAGCAUGUUUAGUGUGUUGGCAGUUAACAAGUAUUUUAUUUUACACUGUCUUCCUAACAUGAAACUUCGUAAAGUACUGCUUUUAUCAUAAAAAAACACUUCCAGCUAUGUGUGUUACGAAGUUCAAUCCUAUCUGUUAGAUAAAGAUAUGGAUGAUGAAAAGUCAAAACAUUACAUUAUUUGAAAAUUGGGCUUUUUAAAGAUCUAUAUAGUUCUCCUGUUAGAAAAAGUUCAUAAUUUCUCACCCUAGUUUGCAGGAACACGCAAUGUUAAAUUGAGAUUGCAUUUGUCUUCGUGCAUCAGUGUAAAUCUCAGUGGGCUUCGGAAUUGCUGAUAUUGUCAGUGUGCCUCAUUGUACACACACACACACACACACACACACACACACACACACACUAGAUAAAAGGCAGUUUGAACUCAGUGUCCAUUGGUGUAACUUCUCAUUUUCAAGAAUUAUGAGUUUUUAAAAUAAAGUUUAAAAUUAAAAUUCCAGUCAAAAAUGCCAUUUUGCAAAUCUGAAGCCUCUUAUUUUCCAGUCUGCAGUCUGGCAAACCUAUGUGAAAAUGUCAUUCCUGGAAAGAAUAAUCAUCUACUGAUGCAUAGAAAUUUAGUAACUUUCUAUUUUGCAAAUAUUUGUAAAACAUUACAUGUAUUUGUUUGGUCUCGUGAAUGAGGUCUUAGUUGGGAAGUGAGUUUUCCAGACUCAGCCUAAGGGAGGUGUGCAUUACAAUUGAUGGCACAUUAUACUUGGGUAAAUAUAGGUAUUUCCCAAAUACCACAUCUUUUUAUUAAAAAAAUAUGGAAUUAAAGUAUUAGAACAGUUCGAUAAAUAACAAAUGGUUAUGAAAUAAGUCACCAGUCUAUUUGUUGGGAACACAAUUGUAAGAAAAUACUCCACUUGUUUUACUGCACUGCUUAUUGUAAUAUUUCGUUUUAUCAGCUGUUACUAUGUAUGCUAGUGACCUUAAUAGCACAAUGUAGGCAAAUUCAGUACAGAACAAAAGCAGUAAUACCCACAGUUUUAGCUGUUGUUAUAUAUAUCUGCGCUGCUGGUUAAAAUUCUCUCAAAUUAUUAGAAAUAGCUUUCCAUUCCAUCCCUUUUAGUUGGAUUGAAAUUUGGAGAUCGUUUCAGACAUUCAUUAGAGAUACAAUUAGCAGUGGUUUUCUUCCCCCCCCCCCCCAAACAAAUAAGAUGGUUAUUUUGGGGAGAGGGUGCAUGGGUUUUUUUUGAGGGGGGGGGGAAUACAAGGUUGCAAUAUUAGAGCAAAAGUUUAUAUCUCAUAAACUGUCUUUGUAUCUAGGCAUGUUUCUUUCAAGGAAAUCAGACAGAACCCCAUGUGAAUUUGGACUCAUGGGAGAGGGUUAAUUUUUCACCAAGAACUAUCCUUAAAACUUCCAUUUGCUGCAAAGGAUUUUGUCAUGAAUAAGACAUGUUCAGGUCAAAAGGAAAAUGGCUUCUUGAAACUCUUCACCUCGUGCCACAGUUCCAGUUCAUAUUAGAAGCUGGUGAUAUUAUUGUUUUUUAAGCUAAUUAAUAUGGCCAGUGCCACAUUACUGUAAGACAUGGCUCUUAGUUGUUUUCUUAAUUUAGAUGACAAAAUCAACUUUUUGUGGUUUUCCUACAGGCAAUCCAAUGCUCUGAAUAAUAAAAUCAGCUUUAUUACUAAAAACAGCAAAGAAAGAAAUAGAAUGAAUUAACUGAUGAUCAAAAUGGAAGCUCCUUUGUGCUGAUUUAUCUGUUAAUUAGAUUAGAUUAAACUGGCAGAAGACUUUAUGGCAUAUCAUCAUCAUCAUCUGGUUUGUUGAUGAUAUAUUCGAGAUAUUCGAACCAGAACAAACCUUCCAUUGUUGUUUUUUCCUCUUUAAAGCUUGUCAUCUUCUAGCGUUAUUGCAUAAUAGUUCUGAGAGUUUGGAAUUUUCUUUCCCAAGCUUAGCCAUUGUCCUGCAGGUCCACCAGAAUACUGCUUUCUUGAAACCAAAAGCAGAGCCUGAUUGAACUAUUGCCCAGAUAUUGCUCAUUCCUCCCUCAGAUGUUAGAAAAUUAGAUUCUGAAUCACUGAAAAAUGUGAAUGGCAGAGUACACAGAAUUAAAAGUUACACAUCUCCUUCCCUUUAUAGCCUGCCAAUAAUUAUAAACAGAAAGAGAAAAUGAUAGAAGUUGAGAUGUCUUAAAGAGGGGUUAUCAUUCAUCAUAUGGGAAGCUGCUGUUUUAAUAAGCACAAGAGGCAGUAGCAUUAAUUUUAUGGAUCCUUAGGUGCUGGGUUAGAUUUCACACAAAAAAUGUGGAAACAAAGAUAUGUGUAUAUAUAUGGUUGUUAAAAGCAGAGGUAUAAUACAUUGAUUUUGGCCUUGAAUCAUAGGAGGAAAUGGCACAAACUGCGGGCAAGAUAAUGCAUCUGCCCAUCCAUGUUUUCAGCUCAUGAAGAUUCCCUUGUACAUAGGAAUUGAGUAACUAAAGGUGGGGGAGGGGUUCUGUAAAGGAACCUUAAGAUCUGCCAGUAAGAGACUUGGAUAUCUAUAGGAUUUUAAGUUGGAAAAAUUGAGAGAAAAAUAGAUGAACCCACAAAAGGGUGAAUGAAAUUGACAGGAAGCUCCUCCAACAACUUUGUUUUGAAAGAACCUUGAGCUUCAGAUAUUAUUAACUUGAUUGUCAAUAGCAAUUAUUGUUAAAGUUUAAAAUCAUAAAUCACUGCGAAAUUACACCACUGAGUGAAAUAAAGUGUAGUUUCUUGUUACAUAUUGCUCAGAGCUCGGAAAUGCUAUAUUUUAGCCUGUAAUUCCUAGAAUCCCACAAUCAGCAUUACCUCAUGUCAUAUUGUUGUGAGGCGUAUCUUUUCCACACUCUAUAGCUGCAUAAAGUACUAUUUUACCUAAGAGUGGAUCGAUUGUACAAGGCAACUAAGUCACAUGAAAAGCAGAGCAAUCCAAAAUGGAGUGGAAGAAAACCCGCUUAUAAUUACUAGCAGGUUUACAUCAGUAAUGUAAUUUUAGCUCUGAUUUUAAAACACAACAUAUCACAGUACUAGGAGAUCAUGUACAUCAAAAGGAGGUAGAAAAACCCUCUAGCGGUGCCGUUAACAAAGUAGUGCACUGCAUGAGGAAAGAACACUUUCUAAACCAACAAAAGGAGGUCACUGCCAUGUUAUUAGUUUACAGAGGAAAGAUUCUUCUUCAAAGAGAGAAAUACAAGAGCAGCCAAUACAAACAUCAGAUUAGUUGUUUUCCAAUGCAUCAAGGAAUGGUACAGGAAAUUGCAUUUUUCUGAAGGCUUUCUAAAAAAAAACUAAAGGAAAAUGUGUUGUCGAAGGCUUUCAUAUCCAGAAUCGCUGGGUUGCUGUGUGUUUUCCGAGCUGUAUGGCCAUGUUCCAGAAGCAUUCUCUCCAGACGUUCACCCACAUCUAUGGCAGGCAUCCUCAGUGGUUGUUUGGUCUGUUGGAAACUAGACAAGUGAGGUUCAUAUAUCUCUGGAAUGUCCAGGGUGGGAGGAAGAACUCUUGUCUGUUUGAGGUGUGUGUCAAUGUUGCAAUUGGCCACGUUGAUUAGCAUUUAAUGGCCUUUCUCUCUCCCAUCCUGGACAUUCCACAGAUAUAUAAACCUCACUUGCCUAGUUUCUAACAGACUUCACAACCUCUGAGGAUGUCUGCCAUAGAUGUGGGUGAACGUCUGGAGAGAAUGCUUCUGGAACAUGGCCAUACAUCCCAGAAAACUCACAGCAACACAAACUAAAGGAAAACUGUGGAGUUCUAGAUAUGUAGACUGAUAAAACUAAAACAGGCAUGUAUAGUAAACCUUCCUUAAAAGUCUAUAUUUUUCUAUCCUUACUGGGGGUUUAAUUCUGUCUGUUAGGCUGAUGCUGUCUUAGUCUUAAUAGCUCUUCAGUUCCAGAAGGACUGAAUCCAAGGAACAUUUUUACAAUAUAAUUCAAUGCCAUCAAAUGCUAUCUGGUCAGACCUUCUAACUUUCUCCACAAAGAUCGAUGGCUCACUCAAAUGCUUUAAAAUGAGUAGUUGCUCUUUUUGAUUAUCAAGUAAUUACAUGGUCAUGUGAUUGGACAAGAAUCACUUUUCCCAUAGAAAGAAUGGCUGAUUUGACAGCCACAAACGAGGUGCUUUUCCAAUUACAUUUUCCUUUCUUGUCUUUGUGUGCUGGUUGUACAAAAUUGGAAACUGUCACUGGGGCUUGUGUGACAAACCACAGUUUAAGAAUGUUACACAUUUGGCAUAGGGACACUGCAAUAGUUUACAGUUUUCUACUUACAUGUAUUCUGGUGUAGAUGGUUGGUUCUUUUUCCCUUUCCCCUUUUUUUUUAGUUAGUGCCAAUAUACGCACCAGCAGGUUUAAUAUCAGGUAAAGCACCUUUUAUGCUCUUUGUUGUUUAAAUAUAAUAUAUUUGUGAAACACAUUGGUAAUACAUAACACUGGAAAGGAUGGCAUCUUCCCAAAAAGUGCAGGUGCUUAACAAAGGGAGGAAAGCAGGCUUUGAGUGGCUUUCCUAGCUUUUAACAAGAGUCAGAAUGAUAGCUUAUGUAUACUUACUUAGUUGUCUGUCAUGUGUAAUUUUAACAGAUCUACAUUUUAUCUUUUAUUUAUUUGCCAAUUUUUUAUAUUUACAUUUGAACCGAAGAUAACCUUAUUUCACUAUCCUAGCCUAAGAAGGGGUCUUUUCUAUUCUUAGUACAUUUGCAAAUUAAUUUUGAAUGGGAUCUCUCUCUUUGACUGGAUCAAUUACCACUAACCAGGUCUGCGAGACCUUUUUUUUACUGUAUUAUUUCAAUAAAUGUACACUGUUUGUAUUGUG